UCACCUAGGCAGCAUUUGAAGCCAGAUGCGCAUAGCAGUGCGUUCAAAUUUCAAACUGAACAAAUUAACAAACACUUGGUGUGCAGCUUGCUUUUGCAUUCCGCAGAGAACAACACAACCCGGCUAAAAUGUCGACUUACGGGUACCCAAUUCUCCCUCGGUCAGAGAUCGUCGUUCUUCUAUCUGAAUUUGGAGUCGACAGCCCCGUGUCCGAGCAAGACCUUAUCCAACCCUCACCUGAACUCGUUGAAAAGCUCUACACCUACCUUCUUAACCUCUUAGAUAUACUCCAGGAUGACAAUGGGCAGGCAGAUUUUGCGGCCUUGGAGCAGCUUGAGAAUCCGGAUCUUCAUGUUUCUUCGGUUCGUAUCAUGAAUUUGCUUCACAAGAUAAGAGGGGUCGUGGCUGCUGUGGAGUUCCCCGAUAGGUUUACUCUCUGGGAUUUGUUGAGGCCCGAUCCGGAACGGACUAAGUCAUUUCUCAGUGCUCUUCUCAAUUUUUGUCUUUACAAGAACAGCAAAAUGAAUGACCUGGAAUCCGUAGCAGGUCAGCUGGGUGAUAUUGUUAUGCAAAAAGAAGCACUAGAGGAAAAAAUAUAUCAGUUGAAUGCAGAGAUUGCUCAAUGUAAUGAAUCAAGAGAGAAGGAAAUGCCUUUUGUGCGGGAUGUAGAUGUUAAAGUUAAGGAAUUGCGCCAGGCCAUCUCUGGUCUCAACAACCACCAGAUGUCCUUGAAGUCUGAAAUAAAAAAGAUGAAGGAGAAGGCUCAAGAGAUGGAUGAGAAGAUUUCUAAUGUUGAAUUUGCAUUGGUACGAAGUGCUCAAGAAAAUGCUCAUUUACGAUCUAAAAUUGUUCAAUCUCCCGACAAGCUUCAGAGGGCUCUGGAGGAAAAAAAGUCCCACCAGGUUGAGGCAAAGAAUGCAGAAAGGGCAGUGAUGCAGUCUUUGCAGGAUAAGAAUGCCAUUCUUGAGGUUUAUACGAAGGCUCAGAAGAAAAUGUCUAAACACUUGGAUCAGAUGCAGGCUAUACAAGAGCAGGUGAAUUCAGUUAAAUCAAUCGAGAAGGAAGUUAAGGUUCUCAAAGCUAAGCUGAGUGAUGAAGAAGUGUUAGACAAAUCACUUGAGGCUAAACUAGUUGAAAGGCAAGGGAAAGCGGACCAAUUGGAUGAAAUGAGAAAGCAAGUAGAAAAAGAAUGUGCCCUUUCUCGCGAGGAGGCUGCAAAAGAAUUAAACAACGUGAAGACAGAAGUGGAAUCAACAAGGUGUGGUCUUGAGUUGAGGCAAAGGCAGGUCGAAGCAGUGAUCACUGAGGGGGAUGCUGUUACUGCAAAGAUGAAUUCAGUAAGAGAGAGUGGAACAGCCAAGUGUGAAGCGUUGCGCCAUAAACUCGAGGAGGUUGUGAAAGAGUUUACUAAGUAUUCAGACUCUGUUAGCGACUUGCUGCAGCGCUAUGAGAUGGGCCCGCUGGUUCUUACAGGCUGCUGAUCCUUUAAAAUAUCUAUGUAUAUACGUAGUUUUCUGUCAUGGCUAUAGCAGUAUAUAUUGACAGAAAGCAAGAACAGAACUUGGUCUUUCAAGGACCUGAUGAAAUUUCAUGUUUUGCUUUGAUUCCUAUAAUUUAUAAUGCUAGACUUAAGUUCAUAUCAA